UUCACUCUACUUUUCUCACCGAACAUCUCUGGUGUCAUCACUGCAGUGUUGUGUGGGCAGAGGGGCGUGGUUAGGGUCGGCUAUAAGAGAAGACUCACAAAGAGCUCUCUACAGUGAGGUCAGAUCCAUACUGACGAUUCCAUUAGUUCCUGGAAAGGGAAGAAAGACCAGAGCGGAGCAACCAGCACAGGUUAUUAAACAUGGCAUCGGCGACUACACUGCACCUCAUCGGUGGACGGGGAGGCCAUGACUUUGAAUUCACUGGCCGUGACAAUGGUGCCACCCUCAAGAAGAUUGGAGUGGAAGUGGGAGGCAGCCAGAUCAAAGCUGUGCGGGCAGAACUGACCGACGGGCGUGUGCAGACCUUUGGAAAGGGUAACAGUUUCCGUGAGUUUACGUUCAAACCUAACGAGAGCAUCACCAAGCUGUCCCUGUGGGGGAACGGUGCCGGAACACGUCUGGGUGGCAUCAAGUUCUGGACGAGUUCUGGAAACAAGUUCUUCGAGAAAAUGAAUGACUGGGGACUGCAGACCGAGUACUCUAUCGAUGUGGGGUCUGGAGUCUGCCUGGGGUUGGAGGGGAAGGCUGGCUCAGACAUCGACGCAAUGGGAUUCCUCUUCAUCAAUGCCAUCAAGUCGUCUAUGCUAACCGACAUGACCUAUCCCACCCUGGCCCUGUACACACCCAAGGUAAACAAAGAAUACAUCAAAUCUGUGUCUUAUCACAACAGCACUACUGAGGCUCAAGAGCAUAAAUGUGCGUACAGCAGAUCUGUGACCAAGUCUACCACCUGGAGCAACACGGUUAAGAUUGAGGCCACCAUCAGCAUGAGUGUUACAGCAGGGAUCCCGGAGGUGGUGGAGGUGUCUAGUGGGUAUAGCGUGACCGCGGGAGCGGAGCGGACCUCCUCAAUGACCAACCAAGAGACCAUAACCGAAUCAGAUGAGAUCAAUGUGACGGUCCCGGCAGGAAAGACCAUUUCAGUUGACGUGUCAGUGGGACGAGCAGUCAUCGACCUCCCCUACUCAGGCACAGUGAAGAUCAGAUGCAUGAAUGGCAGCGAGCUGAACUUCAAAUCCACCGGCAACUACAAUGGUGUGGCUUUCACUGCAGUGAAUGUUAAUGCCACUGAGUCUGAUAAAGUUAUGAAUGUUGAAUAAGAUAUAUCAAUAUCUUACUGUGCACAGUUUUAAUAUUGAUUGCCUAACAUUGGUUUGAUUGCUAAUGCAGAGUGACUGUCGCAGAUAAAUAAAUCAUCACCUUAAACCUG